AUGAAACUUAUAGUAUGUAACGAACUUCAAAGUAUAGAUACAACAAAAGUUUUGAACUCAGAUGCUUUGAAGAGUCUUAUAACAGACAAAGUUGGAGUUGUUGAAAGAAAAUAUAAAGACCAAAGAGUUUGUGAAAAUGUUGCAAACUUCGUCAUGGUUUCAAACAAUGCUGUUCCGAUGAAGUUAGAAAGUUCUGACAGAAGAUAUGUAGUUGUCAGAACGUCAGAUUCUCAUAUGCAAGAUACAGAAUAUUUUGACGACUUAGCAGAAACUUUGACAUCUGACUUUUACAACCACUUGUUCUCAUAUUUCAUGACAUUAGAUAUUUCUAAGUUCAAUCCAAGACAAAUUCCACAUACCGAAGAGAGACAAACAUUGUUAGAAGCAAACAAGAGUGUAUAUGAACUGUUCAUAGAUGAAACUGACUUUGUGUCAUUAGAUGAAAGGUCAUUGUACGAUUCGUAUAAACAAUAUUGUCAAGAGUAUGGUUAUAUGACAGCGUCUAAACGAACAUUCUUGGCAAAUGUCAAAAGUCUUUUAGAUGUUCAGAAUGGUGUAUAUACAAAGAAAAAUUUUUAUGAGUAA